UCCCGCCCGCCGCGCCGUCCUUAAUUAUUGCUCCUCCCACUCUUUAGUCUCUCAAAGUUGAAAUUUUGAAUCCUCGAGGCACGAACCCUCUCCCCCCUUCUUCUUCCUUCCACCGCCGCCACCCAGCUCCGAAUCCUGAUCGAAUCCUCCGUCAAUGGGGUGCGCCUCGUCGACGUUCCUCGAGGACGACGACCGCCGCAUCAUCGGCGUCUCCGCCUCCUCCUCCUCCUCCCACAUCGUCUCCCUCACCUCCUCCACCUACGGCAUCCUCACCUACACCCCAACCCCCUCCGCCCCCAAAUCCACUCCUCCGCCGCCGCCACCGCCUCCCCCGCCCUCCAGGUCCAAGCCCAAGCCACCCGCCGACGCGCCUCCGGAAGACGAGCAGCCGGAGGCGGAGGUCAUCAACUCCUGGGAGCUCAUGGCGGGCCUCCACGACCCCACCACCCCGGCCAAACCCAAGCCCGCCGCCUCCCCACACCGCCCAUACACCAAAGACCCCGACUUCAAGCCCCCGCGCAGCAUCCGCUUCCCGCUCCGCCCCAUCGACGGCAACACCCCACGCCCCCCACCCAUCCCCACCCCACCCCCUCCACAACCCCGCUGCCCGCCGGGCGGCGCGCACUGCGCGGUGCUCUACACCACCACCCUCCGCGCCCUCCGCGACACCUUCGAGGCCUGCAACGCGGCGCGCGCGGCGCUGCACGCGCACGGCGUCGCCUUCCGGGAGCGCGACCUCUCCAUGGACCGCGGCUUCCGGGCCGAGCUCCGCGCCCUGCUCCCGCUCCCCGUCACCCUCACCCUCCCGCGCCUCUUCGUGCGGGGCCGGCACGUGGGCGGCGCGGCGGAGGUGCUGCGGAUGGACGAGGAGGGCGCGCUGGGGCCCCUGCUCGACGGCCUCCCGCGCGCGCGCCCCGGGGGGCGGUGCUGCGACGGCUGCGGCGGGAUGCGGUUCUUGCCCUGCUUCGACUGCUCCGGCAGCCGCAAGGUCGUCGUGGCGGCGGCUGCUGGGGCGGUCGUCAAGGGGCGCAGGGAGAGGGGCGUGCUCGUGCGCUGCGGCGAGUGCAACGAGAACGGCCUCGUCCUUUGCCCAAUCUGCUCCUGACUCUUCAGUUAGUUUCAGAUACUAGCUAGUUCUUGUACCAGCGAUUGACUCUGCUGGAUCAAUUGACUUGUGAUCUUCUGUCAUAAUUCUUCCUUUCAAAUGCUUGGCACGAGUCGAAUAAACCGCAUUGGAUCAAUAUCAUUCACGAAUCUCUUCAGCUAGUUUCAGAUUGAUCCGAGCUAAGGUCAGCCAAGUGUAUCUGUUUCUCAGAUGCUUGUGUAAUGGGAACUCUGGUGGAGCAAUUGGGUAAUCAUUUGAAAA